GGAUUACGUCUCCUCCCAUCGACUCGUCUCUGCACCUUUCGAAUCCUGUAUAUAAAUGUAUAUUUAUGCAUGAGUAAAUGUACGUGUAUAUAAUAGAUUCUCAACGUCACAUUUCAAACGAUUCGUAAAUAAUCUGUGGAAGUAGCGGAGCGCAAGAUUUCGUCGUGUAUAAAGAUCAAAGGCGAAGAGCUGCGAGGGAGAGUGCAUCCAGGAGCGAUGAAUGGCACAUCGGAUUGAGGACGUGAUCUCGGGCCGGCGACGAAAAACUCGGAGAAAUGGCUUCGGCGACGGCGUGUAAUUUCAGGCAAAAGGAGCUCUCGAAAAACGAGCCCGAUUUCGUGACCGUCGUCAGCGUUGGAAAUAAUCAGCAACCGAUGACAGCUGACAACUUUGUGACGGUCCUUUCGAUCGGUACGAUAGAAAAGAAUCUUCUGCAAAAUGAUGCUUCAAUGCCUGCCAGUGUGAUCAGUAACUCGGACGUGCAUCCGGAGGAAGAGGUCGAAGUUUUCAGACUUCCCGGUGAACCACUUGGCUUCGGUCUCAAAUUCGAGGGAGGCGCUAAAAAUGCCGAAAAAGUCAAAAGACUUUUCGUACAAAGCUGCGCCGAACAGAGCCCUGCGAGCAGAGCCAAAUGCUCGUGGGGAACCAUUGGCGAAGGUGAUGAGGUACUGUCGAUCGACGGAGUUCCAGUGACCCACAUGAGUCGUCUAGACUGUGUCAGACUUCUGAAAGAGUCGCAGUUGGUGAUAAAAUUGCUCGUCAGAUGUCGGGGCGCUCUGAGGCCGGAAGUCGUGAGUGCGGAGCUCAAAUCACCGCCGGAGAAUACAGCGAAGUGCGAAAAAAAAAUUCCACCGGAAUUGCCAUCGGUGCCGCCGCCUGUGCCGCCUCGGAAAUUGCGUCACGCUCGCGGUUCCGGGGACGGCGAGGCUAAUCCAAUUCCGGCUAAAAAAACUUGGAACGGAAGUCCCGUGUCGAGUGGAUCCUCCUCCCAAAAUGAUUCUCCGCAAUCCAAACAAAACUUUCAAAUUGUUGGCUCGCCGAGAAAUUCGAAAAUUAAUGAAGAGUCCUCGCUGAUGAAAAGUCCUCAAGGCUCACCAAACGGCUGUCCGAAAAAAUCGCUCAGCGAAAGAUCGCCGGAAUCAACGAAAUGCAAACAGGAGCCACCGGAAGCGAUGGUUUACCUCGACGCGCGUUCGCAGGACGGUUCGAGUACGCACGGAAGCACAUCGGACGACACGGGAAGUUCGAUGUCAACGGUCGUCGACAGAUUUUCUUUGAGCGAUCGAUUUUCGACGGUUUCGACGACGUCGACGACGUCCGGCGGGGCGGUCGAGCAGAAUGGUGGUGGGGAUCGGGCGCUCGAGGAGAAUCCCGAGGAGACGUUCGGUCCUCGUGACAUGGCGAGGCUGCCAACGCUGGAGCAUUUGGAAAAGGAUUUUUUGACGAAUCCUUCGGAAUAUUUGUUGAAACGUUUGGCCAAUUCGGAAGCUGUGACACACGUGGAAUCGCGCGGAGACGCCGGCGCUGUCGUCGAAAAAAUAACGGCAGUUGUCGCCCCCAAUACGAUACUCAUCGAAGAAACGAUGACGUUGCAACCGCCGUUGAGCUUCCAGGACGCGCCGUUGAGUUACGGUCACGAAACGCGACCGGGGCUCGUCUACACAGCUGAGUUGGCCGCCGAUUCAACGACCCAUUUUCGACCGAUACGCGACGAAGCGUCGGUCGUCGAGUGCGUCAACGGUGGAGUUGGAAAUUCUUACAGAGCUUCUUACGAAACUAUCGUUUCCCCCGUAGCCCCGAAGUUACCGAUUCGUAAUCACGUUAACAGAAUACCGGUUAAUCAGCAAAAAGAUUCGACGAUCGUACCAGAAAGCGUGGAAAGCGAGACUCAUCACUCUCGGGAGAUGCCCGUGCCGAGAGAAUCCAUCGAUCGAGUCGCGCCGCUCCUCCCGCCGAAACCGUUGCCCCGAAAAGACAUAAAGCUCAAGAGAAAAAGGCCUCCGCCUCCGCCGCCACCGCCACCGCGGCGAGAGCCUCCGCCUCCGGUUCCCGUCAGAAAUCAACCCGAAGCGAUCAAAGUUUCCAGCACGUCUCCGAAUGGCCGAGCACUCUUCAAGGGAGAUUCUAAAGUCUCGGAGAAUACGAGUCUCGACGAGGACUCAACGGCAUCAACCAAUUGCGGCAACGACGAGAGUCUCGAGGUAGAUGACAACGAAGAUACCCUCUUGACCGACGGUGACGAGCGCAACACUCCACGAACGAACAAAGUUCUGGAAAUCAUCGAAAUGAAAAAAAACCGAGCUUUCGUCGAGUCGACCGAGCAAAUGUCACCCUCGAAAAAAAACGACGGUACUCCAAAGACUUGCCCGGUGCGAAACGGCGCCUCGAUCCUUCCCGCGCCCAGAGAAAAGCGAAAAACUUUUGAGCACAAACGAGGAGAAACGAUAUCGACCGAUCUUGACGAUUCGGAGGAAUCGAACAGCUCGGAAAUUUGGCAAGAAGCGAAAGACCAUCAGGACAGCAGUGAAGCCGUUACCAGCGACUUACAAACAGCGAAUGUACUCGAUGCUUCGGACGACUCCCCGCGAGAUCAAUCAGCCACUGGUAAAGAGGCGAAUCGAUCGAGAGACGAAAAAGAAAAGAAGAACGAGGAGGACGAUGAAGAAGACGACGACGACGACGACGACGACGACGAAACUUAUCGAUCGUUGGACGAGAUCAAAGAAGAUUUCAAGAGCACCGAGAGCAACGGGACUUUGAGCGAAAGCUCCGAAGACGACGAUCUGAGCAGGCAACGAAUUUGUGAGAAUCCGGAAAACGAGAGAGACUCGACGAGCGACGACAGCGAGGAUAACGCCGAUGAUUAUUAUUGGCAGAGUAAUCUAGCGACCAUUGGCGAAGAGGAGGAAAACUCCUCGUUGGAAUACACAAAUGCCAACAAGGACGUGAACAAUUGCGAAGACAAGUCAUCGUGUCUCGGGCGAGUCGAGUUAAAGAGUGAAACAGCGCGGGGGUGUGCGCUCGAGAUAACUGAAGCGAUGAAGAAUGGAACGAUCGUCGAUGUGACGAAGCCGGAGUGCGUGAGGCGAAUAAGCAACGAAACCGCCGACUCGUUGGACAACAAACUUGAUACCCAAGUAAAUGGUAGAAUGGAAAACUGCGGAGGCGAUCAACGCCUGCCCCCGGACGGGGACGAAUUUCCAGCGACGUAUCAAGAGUUCAGCGUUUGUACGAGCGAGCAAUAUCAGUACGUAGGUACCUCGGCGAGAUUAACGCCGCGAAUCGGUACCACCAACCACAAUAUCAACGCGAACAACAACAACAACAACAACAAUAAUAACAACAACUGCAUAAAAUCGAGUUCGGAAAAUCUCGUGAGGAACGAGAAAGAGGAGAAUUCAUCGAGCUUAACAACGUCUUCGACGUCGAGCUCGAAAUACACGAAAAGUAGCUUCGAAAAGGUCGACAGCGAAUCGACGAAAACGCUGAGAAUCGAGUCGACGAGCAAAAAAAUUAUUAGCAAAGACAGCAACGAUGCGAUAGCGAGUUAUCGAGAGUCUCGUGAAAAAUCGUCGUCCUACGUUCAAACAACUAACCACACGAGUCCCCAAGCGGAAAAGCAUUCGUCGAGCCAGUACAUAACGAGCAGUCACAAGCGAGAGAUCGUGCCCAAACCGGAAGCCCGGGAGAGGGACGAAUUCACGGAAGUUUCUAAGCGAUCGAAAUCUUCGUAUUUCAGCGAUGAAAACUCGGGGGCAAAGGUUUGCGAGGCCGCGGCGCUCGUCGUGAGCGAAAAAACGUUCGAUGUACCGAGCUACUACUCGAAAGAUACGAAAUCGCCUGAAAAAAUCAAGACGCAAGCGAAAAAGCAUGACGAGAAAGAGGGAAGCACGAGGGAAACGGUUAACGAGAAAAAUGACCCCGAUUACCCGGACAGUCCGCCGCCGCCUCUGCCGUUGACCGGACCGCCGAAAAUCGAAGCGGCGGUUUGCUCGAUCGGAAAAAGCAUCGAAAAGAUUCCAGAAUCAGCUUCCAAUCGGAAAUACUCGUUGAACAGUGAUCUGCGACGGCAAGACGACAAAUCCGAGAAAUCGGUGAGAGACAAAAUCGCCAUGUUUUCUUCUCAAAGCUCCCUCGAAUCGCCCCUCUUCCCUGCCCAAUCCUCCGUCUCCGGUCCCGUUGCAACAGUCGCGACGACGAUUACGAGCAACGCAAAAAAGCUCUCCAAGUACAAGUCUUCGGACGACGUUUUCAACGAUGAUAAAAUCGACGAUAAGCGGGCAUAUGGGAAUACGAUAGAAAGGACUCGGAGCUUCGUCGAUCUCACUGACUCCGCCAAGUACCAUUUCAACGAGCAAACGAUCAAGGAGAAGGCUCAACGUCCACCGAGCUUGCCGAAGACUCUCCCGCCCGACGAGACCGAUUGUUCGGCGCUGGCGAGCGCCCCUAAAACGAGUUUGGCCGCUUCCGAAAUGUCUCAAAAGCCGAUUUCCCUCGGCGAUAAAACAGCCGAUAAAGUAUUCUCGAAUUUCGAGUUUAUCGACGUUCCCGUCAAGCCGAUCGCGAGCUUCAAAUCCUCGGGGACUUUGCGGCCUAACAACAACGAGGAGCGUGCAAUUGCGACGGAACAAAAAAUCCUUUUCCCGACUGAAGUCAAUCACAAUGGCCUACGCUCCUCCCAACCGAGCCUCACACGAGCCACGAGCUUCUCCGGCGAAUCAAGCUUCUCUAACGACCUUUCACAAUCCGCCAACUCAACGGUUGCGAACAGCGGACAAAUCUCGAGAACGAACUCGCUCGCUUCCACCUUCAAACGUAACAACGAAGACAUGAGACGACAAAGCUUGAAUCAACUCAUCGAGCAACGGCGCAAAGGCAUCUCGAAAUUACGAGGACUAGUCAUCCCCGAAAAACACAGCGUUCCUGUCGACAAACCGAUAAUCGAUUUGCCGGAAAUCAAAUCCAGGGAUUCGAUACUUUUGCAUCAGUUACCAAAAUCGAGUAUCCAGGACAAAUGGGGAUCGCAAAGUUCAUUGGCGAGUAACGCGAGUACGACGAGUUUACCGAUGAAGGCAACAACGUCGUUCAAGAUGCCAGCACCGCAGAUAAUGUCCAAAUAUUCGCCAGCGUUCAAGCGAAAGAGUUUGGCCGUUUACGGAACGUCGACGAGUAAUUCUUCGGUGUCGAACACUCCGACGUCGACGGCACGAGGGAGCCCGGUCCAAGGUUACUCGGGGAUGAGCGCGGAGCCGCCAAAAAGUUUGGAAAGUAUAUGCAGCCCAACGAGGAGCGAUUACAGUUUCGAGUUCGUGUCUUCGACGAGUGUGUCACCGGAAACAAUGAGGAAUCGUUCAAGGCCGUUGCAGCGAAAGAUACGCGGAGAUUACGACGAUUCGGACAAUGACUCAGCGGUGAGCAGCUCGCAGAGCAGCAUUUCCCGAGGUUUCAGUCCGCCGACUUCCCCCGUGCCUUCCGAACGUUCGAGCUUAUCUUCCGAAAGAUCUUAUCACACUUCGUUAAUAAUGGAUGUGCCAGCGAGACACUGCUCGAGCAAAGAGACCUCGAUACGUCCGGAAAUGAGGAUGCAGCACUUGGCAAGACCGGUUUUGUACAACGAGAGAACGUACUCGAACUCGGAGAGGUCGUCGAGCGGAAGCAGCAGCUGUGGAAGUCCAAACGCGAGGUCCCCCCUUCCGGAGGUCAGUCCCCGAAAUUCUCACAUCCCCCAGAGACAAGCUCUGAAACGCUCGAGCAGUACGGAAACUAAUUGCAGCAGCGGCAGCUCCUCGACGCUCACUUCCGGCUCGCAGGCCAGCGCUGAAUCACUUUCACGUCGGGUGCUCAAGCCCCAAAGCGUCGAAGCUAUUAAUCGAAAAAAUAUUUUGGCCUCUGCCAGAUGCAGAAGCGGCCGGGACCUCAACGGCUCGCCGUUGAUUCAACGCAAGUUUUCCAACGACGAAGAAUUACCGAUGUCGAGUUUGGCACAAGAGAAUGGAGCCUGUCGUAACGGCACUGCCGGCCUGCUCAACAGGAAAGACGUCAAAAUUGCUUAUAUAGAAAUCACCGAAAGCUUCGAGGAGGAACGACAACAGGAUCAGCUGAGAAGGAAGAGCCUUCAAAUGAGAAAAGUUGCGGAAACUGUGGAAACGAAGGUCGCUAAUUCGGAAGACGAUUCAACCGAUUCGAACCUCACGGAGGCUUCCAAUGGCCUCAAAAUGUGGGUUCGCUCGGAGGCCAAAGCACUCAUGUCCGAAGUACCGAGAACGCGAUUGGAACACGCGAAAAAACAUUCUUCCAGUUUGGACUCGUCGCCGCCGCCGCCGCCGCCGUUGAAAAAUCGCAGUCAAUCUUCGAACAACGUGGAAAACACGAGUCUCACGAGCGGUACACGAACGUGGAACAAGAGCGUGGAGCAAGAGAAAAACGGUGAGAAAAUUGAGACUCGCGUACUGCAGAAAAGCCAGAGUCUGACGAGCACGAAGGAGUCGAUAGUGGACUCGAUAAACGAAGAUCUUUUGACAACGUUGACGACGAAAAGUCGGUCCAGGGCGCCGAUUAAUCUGGAGGAUCGCAGCUUCGGUCGCUCCUCCAGACAAAUGAGCCUGGAAGACAUUUUAGUCGGGAAAAAAACGGAGGAAAAAACUUUUUUGCAUAAUGAAAAUUCGGCUGAUUCGAACGUCGCGAAGACCGCGAGCCCACCGGCCAAAUUUCCACCUGCGACGUUGCCCAGGAGCAACAACGGGCGCCCGAGUCUCGGAGAAACCGCUUGGACCUCGAGCGAGGAUAAAUCUUUCGUGUCGAAAAUACCGAUGCCAGAAAAACUGAGCAAAUCAGUCGACGUCGUUGACGAAUCGGCGAGAUUAAACGCCAACUCAAGAAUCUCCAAAAUUCCGACUCAACGGACCCUCGGGAGACGGAGCGCCAGUGUUACCGACAUGAAGAAAGCUCUCGAGAGAACCGAGUCCAUGGGCGGAUCCACGAUCGUCGCCAACAACCAUCCAGCAAUCGUUUCCCAUCACCGAUUCCCCAGUCUCGACAGCAGCGUCGAAGACACGACUCGCUCCAGCGCCCACGAUCCGGAAAAAUUCAAUGGCGAACAAUUCGGCAGCAUCAGUUCUCUCGCGAGUUCAACGAGCCUCAUAUCCCAACAGGAACUUGCCCAGCUCGUCGAAGAGGCUAAUGCCCUCGAAGACUCUCGUGGCAAUCACGAAGUGAUCGUUGUACUUUUGCACAAAGAAAAUCCGCAUGGCAGUGUCGGAAUUACGCUCGCUGGAGGCGUCGACUGCGAAGCUAAAGAAAUCACUGUCCACCGCGUCCUCGGACAUUCCAUCGCUGACAAAGACGGUCGCGUUCAACGAGGCGAUCGUAUCCUCAGCAUCAAUGGACGAAGCACCAGAGGGCUCAGUCAUCGAGAGAGCUUGGCUGUUCUCAAACAACCCAGAUCCGAAGUCGUGCUCGUUGUCUCGAGGUCCAGGUUCGAUGACGGCCCACGACUUCGUUCGAGAACUGAAAGCGUCGAAACUAUAGUUGAAGGAUCCGAAAUGUGCGGAACUUUCGACGAAACUGCGUGGGGUCCGCCAACGCGGGUAACCAUAUUCAAGGACGGUGCGGGUCUCGGUUUCAGUUUAGCGGGAGGAUGCGACAGUCCGCUCGGGGACCGCCCGUUGGUUAUCAAAAAAAUAUUCACCGGAGGUGCUGCUGAGAAAACUGCUUCCCUGACAGCCGGCGAUCAGUUGAUCGAAGUGAAUGGGGUGGACGUAACGCGAAUGACGAGAAUCGAGGCUUGGUCAUUGAUGAAAAAGCUGAGCGAUGGGGAAGCAAAUCUCCUAGUCAGGCACCCUGCCACAAAGUCAUCGUGAAUGGUAGUCAUUUAUUUAUUUAUAUAUAUUAUUUAAUAAAAAUAUAUAUAUAUAUAUGAAUAAAUAACUAUACGAAUGAAUGAAUGAAUGAGAAGCUUAAUGAAAGCGUUAGCUGAGUAGCUUUACAGAUAUAAAGUGUUAUUGUAAAUAUAAAAUGUUGUUAAUUGGUUACGGUUUAAGGCCCGAGAGGUCUUUUCCUAAUUUGUUAAAAAACAAAAAAAAACAAAAAAAAAUCUAUCGAAAGAGCGUACUCGAAAAAAAAGUCCCUACGUGGAAAUGGCCAUAAACUUUUAUCUCAAUUUCGUGAUGGACAUCAUUCAUAUGAGCAGCAAUAGAAAAAUUUUCUGCUGCAAAGAAGUGCCAAAAAAAUCUAUUUUUCCAGUGUAACAUCAAGAAUAUUCGAACUAUUCUGAAACCUUGGAAAAAUCGAUGUCAAAGAUCGUAAAAUUUGUUGUUUUUCAGAUAAAAAGAUUAGCUUCGUUCGAAUGAUGUCCUCCAUUCGUUUUUUCAUGUACUUUAUGUGUACUUUGUCCUACAAUAAUACUGGCAGUGCAAUAAUUUAUAUACUAUUUAUAUUUAUAAAAAUAUGCGUGUGGACCUAAGGCAUUACAGAAAUAUCCUGAAAUAAGUAAUCGAAUGUGAAGAAAAAAAUUGAUAAUUAUCCGUACGAAAAUUUGUAAUUUUUCUUCAACUUUUCAACAUCACAAAUCCCAUUCGUACUUGGGUAUUCGAGUCUCAUAUUCCGCCCUUCCUAACGUGCGAUUGAUUUUUGUAACUUUUGCAUUUCUUUCUUUUUUGUUUACUAAUGCUUCAGAGCUUUUUAUUGAAUUGUAUAUAUGUAGAGAGGAUUGAUGAGAAGAGACGAAAAAGAGCAUGAAAAAUAUGCAUUCGAUGGGCGCGACUACGAUAAAUGAAAAAUCCUGACUCAUCCCGUAAAUUAAUAUAAAUAAUAUGUUGCUAAAUGUAAUAGAUACGAAUUAUUGUUAUUGGAGUAUUUAAAUUUAUAAGAAAUCUUCAUUCGUCCGGAACUUCAUCAGGAGCUGAACGAGCAAAUUAUGUGAAUUAUAUUAUUAUAUCGUCCUGUGAUACGUGUGUGCGUUUGUCUGUUUGUAUAGCGAUAUUUGGCCUCAAAAACUCAACUAUCGGUGCAAACAAUUUUUUUUUUGUUCUUCCUUUUGUUUUUCGCUAAAUAUGCCACAUUAUGAUUCAAUAGUUUUUUUCUGUUUAAUUUAAGUCAGUGUAACAUUUAUGUAUUAUUGAUAUUGUUAUUAUUCUUAUAAUAAUAAUUAUUAUUAUUAUUUUAUUAUUACCACGUAAUCGCUUGAUCGAAAUAACAAUAUUUUUUUGUAUCCUUUCUUGGUUUGUACACGAAAGAAAUUUUCAUGUAGCUUUCUUCUCGGAAUAAAUCAUUUAUGGCAACGCAAA